CUCUGAUCUGCAAGGCCUGUAGGUCCGCGCCCGUGGUGAUGCCAAAGAUCAAGCCGGGGACGAGCGGCCGCCGCCGCGAUCGACUUAAACAGAGCCGGGAGCUGAAGAGCGCCGGAGGACUCAUGUUCAACACGGGGAUUGGGCAACAUAUUUUGAAAAAUCCUCUCAUUGUUAACAGUAUUAUCGAUAAGGCUGCCUUAAGACCAACUGAUGUGGUGCUGGAAGUUGGACCUGGAACUGGCAAUAUGACUGUAAAGUUGCUAGAAAAGGCAAAAAAGGUAAUUGCCUGUGAACUUGACCCAAGACUAGUAGCUGAACUUCACAAAAGAGUUCAGGGCACGCCUCUGGCCAGCAAACUUCAAGUACUGGUGGGUGAUGUGUUGAAAACAGAUUUGCCAUUCUUUGAUGCCUGUGUGGCAAAUUUGCCAUAUCAGAUCUCUUCCCCCUUUGUCUUCAAGCUGUUGCUGCACCGACCUUUUUUCAGAUGUGCUGUACUUAUGUUUCAAAGAGAAUUUGCUCUCCGACUAGUUGCAAAGCCUGGAGAUAAAUUAUACUGCAGACUAUCUAUCAAUACACAGCUGUUAGCACGUGUGGACCAUCUGAUGAAAGUUGGAAAGAACAAUUUCAGGCCACCACCAAAGGUGGAAUCCAGUGUCGUAAGAAUAGAACCCAAGAAUCCACCACCACCUAUCAAUUUUCAGGAAUGGGAUGGCCUAGUAAGGAUCACCUUUGUUAGGAAGAACAAGACACUGUCUGCGGCAUUUAAGUCAAGUGCAGUGCAACAGCUUUUGGAAAAAAACUACAGAAUUCACUGUUCGGUCCAUAAUAUUAUAAUACCAGAAGAUUUCAGCAUAGCAGAUAAAAUACAGCAAAUCCUAACCAGCACAGGUUUUAGUGACAAGCGGGCCCGUUCCAUGGACAUAGAUGACUUUAUCAGAUUGCUACAUGGAUUCAACGCAGAAGGUAUACAUUUUUCUUAGGUAUCUGGAAAAGAGAAUUUUCAAGCCCAAGAAAAAGAAACCGCAAUUAUACAUUUCUAACAGAGAAGAUAAACUAUGCUUUUGCUCCACUGGAACACUAUGUGCUUGACUAGUUUUGAUUUAAUACUACCACUGUCACCAUUUAUUACUCUGAAGUUUUAUGGUAGUAAGUCAAUUCUAAGUACCCAAGUUUUUUGGGGUUUUUUGUUUUUUUUGUUUUUUUUUUUAUGGUUUUGGUGUUUUUAAUAUUUAACAUAGGGCAGGGUCCAGUCUCUACACGGUAAUCUUUAAGAGCCGCAGGCACGCACAACUUUACACUUAAACUUACUUCUAACAGUUUAUUGUAUAAAGAUGUUACUCUUCUAUUUUCUAUGUUAUAUAUUACCAUGAGGGCCUCUGUAGGCCUUUGUCCCUCAAACAGUCAGACAGUUAACAUAUGCUUAACUCAAGUUACAUAUUCCCCGUAUGAUUUCUUUUUAUUCAUGUGCACAAUAAAAUACUUGUUUCUUA